CACCCUCUACAGGUCGGCGCAAUAAGGAAGAGUCCUUUUUUACGGAGGAUCUCAAUACCCGACGGAUUUUUUCUUUUCCCCUCCCCGAAAAGCGUGUCGCUUUUAAGGUAUUAUUUUAACCUCCGUAUUUCUUACCGUAAACAGACGCUAUGGCGGACGCAGAGCAGCAGUUUAUGGAGACUGCGGAGGAGAACGGGUAUGAAGGUGGAGAGAAUGGAGCAGAGGGUUACGAGGGCGGCGAGAGCGCAGAGCUGCAGGCCGGAGACGGGGAGAACAAUGGAGCCGGAGACGGCACUCAGGACGGAGAUGGAGGCCGGAUAGAAGCGAGCAAAAGCGAAGAAGAUGCAGGGAAAAUGUUUGUUGGGGGACUCAGCUGGGAUACUAGUAAAAAGGAUCUCAAAGAUUACUUCUCUAAAUUUGGUGAGGUGACAGACUGCACCAUUAAAAUGGACCCAAACACUGGACGAUCAAGAGGAUUUGGGUUCAUUCUGUUCAAAGAUUCGGCAAGUGUAGAAAAAGUUCUAGCACAGAAGGAACACAGGCUUGACGGGAGGCAGAUCGACCCCAAGAAAGCCAUGGCCAUGAAGAAGGAACCAGUCAAGAAAAUCUUUGUUGGUGGGCUGAACCCGGAGACAACGGAAGAAAAGAUCCGAGAGUACUUCGGCGCCUUCGGAGAGAUCGAGACCGUUGAGCUUCCAAUGGAUCCAAAGACAAACAAAAGGAGAGGGUUUGUCUUCAUAACUUUUAAGGAAGAAGACCCGGUCAAGAAGAUCAUGGAGAAGAAAUUUCACAACGUCAGCGGAACCAAGGACGCAAGCGGGAAAGAGAGCCUAUGCGAGAUUAAGAUUGCGCAGCCGAAGGAGGUGUAUCAGCAGCAGCAGUACGGUGGAGGGCGCUUUGGAGGUGGCGGUAGAGGAAGGGGACGUGGAGGCCAGGGUCAAAACUGGAACCAAGGUCAAAAUAACUACUGGAACCAGGGCUACGGAAACCAGGGCUACGGAUACGGCGGGCAGCAAGGAUACGGCGGAUACGGAGGCUACGGAAACUACGACUACUCGGCAAACUACUAUGGUUAUGGCAGCGGCUACGAUUACAACCAGGGCAGCACAAAUUAUGGAAAAACUCCAAGACGUGGCGGCCACCAGAAUAACUACAAACCAUACUGAUCAUGUUGUGCAGGUGGUGCCGGAGAGGAACCUGUGACCUGAUCCCAGCCGACCCCUGGGCUUCAGUCUUUUACUUUUACUGGAUGUAGGCAGAAUCUGGACUUCUGCUCCUUUUUUUUUUGGUUUGUUUUUGUUUUUUGUACAGACCACAAUUGAGGAACCGGGGAAAGCAAAUGUCACUUUUCACGUUUUCAUUUUAUACCUUUUUUUUUUUUUUUUUUUUUUUUUUGGUCCAUUUUACAUUUCCAGUGAUGGAAGUGUUAUUUUUACUGUACUUUUUGGUACCUUUUUGAAUCUAAUGUAUUGUAUGGUUGUAUUUUACGUCUCGGCUGCAUUUACCACACCUUUGGCCCUGGAGCUCUGAUAAAGAAAAUCCUUUUCAUAAUAAAUUUGAUUUUUUUUGUUUAAUUUUGUCAGUGUUCCUUUUCCUGCAUACUUGUUUUCAGUUUUCCUCAUGUGCUCUCUGUUGCAAAGAUGCAUGGCUCACAGGCUGCAGUGAUCUAAAAAGGGAUUGUAAGGUUUUUUUUGUUGGUUUUUCUUUCUCCCCAUCUUUUGAAAGUUUAUGGCCAUUACAAUUAUAACUUGGGGUUUUUUUCUUCACCCAAUAUUAGUUUUUAGAAGAUCCCUUUGUCUUGUUGGUUAAUUGAAAAAAAAAAAAUUAAGUGGCUUUUGUAGUGGUAAAAGUAUACCUCAGCACAUACACCUUUAUCUGUAAGAAUCACUGGAAACUCAUUCCUGCAGUGUCUUGGACAAUUUGGUGAAAAUAAACUUGGUUUUUAUGAUA